AUGACAACCCUUCGCUCGUUCCAAGCGGAAAUCGAGCACUUCUCACACGAGAAGCAGAAGGCCGCUAUUGUACAGGCGCGUGAAGCGCACCUCGUCGAAGUGGCCAAACACCACAAGAACAAGGACCACACCAAGGACAAGGACAAGGACGAGGCGAACAAGGACGAGGAGCACAAGGAGGAAGUCGAAGACGGCGAGAGGAUAGAAACCCUCCUGGUCGAUGGCGACGAUGAGCGGGCAAAGGCACACCUCGCCAGCGCGUUGUUGCGGGGCCACGGCGAGAUCAUAAUUGCUCUCGAAUCCAACAAUGACCAGAUUACCGGGGCCGCCGAGCGAUUGAGGAGAAUAGCCGACUCGCUCAAAGCCAUUGUCACCGACCUCUACCUCGAAUCCGGGGCGGCAUGCUGGCUCGUUAGGUUGCAGCCCGCCGGCGUGGAGGAAGUGAGCGAGGUACGAGUGGCGGUGGUUGGCAACGUCGAUGCGGGAAAGAGUACCACUCUCGGAGUGCUGACUCGUGGCGGACUCGAUGAUGGGCGUGGACGGGCGCGAUUGGCUUUAUUCCGCCACCCGCACGAGGUCGAGACCGGCCGAACUAGCUCUGUGGGAGGCGAGAUUUUAGGCUUUACCGCUACCGGUGACCCUAUCUUCCCCACCGGGCAUGCGCCCGUCGACGCUACCUCUGCCAAGCGCGAGAAGUUAAGCUGGGAGGAGAUUUGCAAGCGCGCCGCAAAGGUUGCGUCGUUUAUUGAUCUUGCGGGACACGAACGAUACUUCAAGACUACGCUUUAUGGGUUGAGCGGGUGUGCGCCCGACUAUGUCAUGCUCAUGGUUGGCGGGAAUGCCGGGUUAAUCGGCAUGUCAAAGGAGCACCUUGGUGUUGCGCUCGCCCUCAACGUCCCCAUCGCCGUGUGUGUGACCAAGAUUGAUAUGACGCCACCAAACAUCCUCGAGCAGACGGUCAACAUGCUCGUCAAGGUACUCAAGAGUCCCGGGUGUCGCCGAGUGCCCGUCUUCGUCGAGACCAAGCGCCAGGCCGUCGAUUGCGCGCGUAAUCUCUCCAAGCCCCUCACCCAGGGCGGAAAAUCCGACUACAGGCUCUGCCCGAUCUUCAUGGUGUCGAAUGUGACAGGCCACAACCUGCCCAACCUGCGUACGUUCCUCAACUGCCUCCCCAGCUCGCAGAUGGACGACAAGUACGUUGUGGACGCGCCGCUCGAAUUCCACAUCUCGGACGUCUUCAGUGUUCCCUUUGUGGGCACGGUCGUCUCGGGCGUCGUAACUGCCGGAGUGGUCCGUGCGAACGAUGCCGUCCUCCUCGGUCCCGACAGCUUAGGUCACUUUAUCCCAACAACAGUCAAGACGAUUGAGCGCAAGCGUGCUCGGGUAGACAGUGCCGAGGCUGGCCAGAGCGUUGCCGAAUACGUCGCCCCCAACGAGACGCCGCCUAAAGCGGUCAUGCGGUUCGAGGGCAUGGUCAUGGUCCUGCACCACAGCAGCACGAUCCAGCCGAAAUACACUGCCAUGCUGCACUGCGGGGCGAUUCGGCAGGCUGUACGGAUUGUGAGCCUCGACCACCCCAGCGGACUGAUUCGCACGGGCGAUAGGAGCAAGGUCGUAUUCGAGUUCCUCGGACACGCAGAAUACAUCAAGGAGGGCCAGCUUAUUUUGCUCCGCGAAGCCAAGACCAAGGUCUUAGGGGUUGUGACUAGGGUGCUGCCCUAG